UAUAAACAGGGGCUGAACAGAUCCUCUCAAAAGCCAUUUCAGGUAUCUAUGAUGAAGAGCUCUCUGUCUGUGCUGCUGCUCUGUUGUCUGUGUGGGGCACAGAGCCAAGGUGAGGGGGGAGGCAUCCAGGAGAGCAGUGUCCCUCAGCACGGUAAUGCUGCAGAGGAAAAGAACCUUUGCGACCCUCACGGAGUGGUUGCCGAGCUGCGGGAGCUGAGAGAGACCGUGUCCUCUCUCGUGAGACAAAUAGAGGAGCAGAAGACAAAAGAGCUGCAGGAGCUAAGAGAGACCGUGAGACAAAUAGAGGAGCAGAAGACAAAAGGGCUGCGGGACCUGAGAGAUGCCAUGUCUGACCUCAGGAGCCAAAUGGAGGAUCACAAGAGGACAGAGCAAGUAGCAUUUGGAGCAUCACUGGGACCUUAUGAAAAUCAGGGUCCAUAUAACACUGAGAUUACCCUGGUUUACAAGGACGUUUUUGCUAAUGCUGGGAAUGCCUACAACCCAGCAACAGGUAUCUUCACUGCACCAGUGAAAGGAGUCUACUACUUCAGCUUCACUGGUCAUAAUCGCUCCAGCAGGUCCAUGAGUCUCAGACUAAUGAAGAACGGCCAUCAGAUGGUGACAGUGUCCAAUCAUGUUGCAGGUAAUCUCUAUGAGACCGGAACCAAUGGGAUGAACCUGCAGCUAGAGAAGGGAGACCACGUGUACAUGCGGCUUAGGGAAAACACCUGGAUUUUUGAUAAUAAGAAUGACCACAGCACUUUCAUUGGCCAUUUGCUGUUUCCACUGUAAGAAUACGAUUGGUUAUCUACCCUGUUGUACCCCGGUGUGUAUUGUUUUAAAGGGUCAUGUUAGCUUCUAAUUGUUUGAGAGCAAGAAAAUGAAAAUUACAAAUACCUUGAUACCACACACUGAAGUUGUGUCAAAGUCAGCCUAGGCAUUUUCUUUUCAUUUUGAUAUUGAAGGUGUCCCUGCUUACUAAGUAACUUACAGACAUAGUUACAAAGUGACAUACCAUAAAAUUACGAGUAAAUGGUUUGAUGAGGGAAGUUUUUUUGACUAAUGACUGAUAUAUUUUCAUGUAAUGUAUAUCUGUGACAUUGAGUACGUUACUAAAGAAUGUGAAUACUGGGAAUGGGCUUCACUUUUGCACUGUUGAAAUAUUAUGCUGUUCCUAUAUGCAGUAAGCCCUAAUUGUCUCUUGAGUGGAUGAAAUGAAAGAUAUGUAUAUGUAGUAUGAUUGUGUUGUCGAUCAGAUAAUAAACUAUUUUAAUAAA